AUGGACUUUCUAGACGAUGAGGCCGAAGUCAGCUCGGAUGUUCUAGUGCCUACUUCCCAACAGGACCUAAACCCUCGUGCUCGCAAGCGUCGCCGCCUUGACUCCGAACCCAACGACACUUCAUCGACGGAGCACGACGAAUACGAUUUACCGCCAAACGAGGAUGAGGCCGGAAAAGAAAACAAAAAGUCCAAGUAUGAAGAACGUAUCUAUAUCCCUCAAUAUGCAGACCGUCCGCCGGAUACCUUCGUCACCCAAUUGCCUCAACAACAUUCCAGUCCAUCCAGAAUCAGAGGGCCAAGAUGGAUGAAGCCUCGGAAGAGCCCCUCGUCCUCUUCUGCUGCUGUUAACCGUCAAACUAAUACUCUGGGCCGACAUUCCCCGGCCCCUACCCACAGUGACGAGUUCGAAGUGGACGAGGACGAUUUCGAACUUUUGGAAGCCUUGGGUGAAUGUGCCAACCCGGCGCAAAUCAAUGGCAGUACAUUCUCGGGGACUAUGCAAGGUAGCCCCAAAGGCAAUGCUGGUCCUCGCCGUCCUCUACAGCAAUCAAACUCGUUCCGUCAGACGACUCUACAUGGGCUUCAUACCACCCAGCUUCCCCCGACGCAAACGCAGUCGCAGCCCAGGGUACACAACUGGCCGCUGGCCAACCGAAAUGAGGCCCCUUCUCACCAUGAGUUAGAUCGCGAUGCCAUGGCCACGUGGGUAUAUCCCACGAAUCUUGGCCGAAUCCGAGACUACCAAUAUAAUAUUGUGCAUAAGGGUCUUUUCAGCAAUAUUCUGGUCGCGCUACCCACUGGGCUGGGGAAGACAUUCAUUGCCGCGACAAUCAUGUUGAAUUGGUAUCGCUGGACAAAAAGUGCGCAGAUUGUCUUCGUCGCGCCGACAAAACCCCUCGUCUCACAGCAAGUUGACGCCUGCUUCAACAUCGCUGGCAUCCCGCGAUCUCACACCACGAUGCUCACUGGAGAGGUCUCACCCGCAAUCAGAGCAGAGGAGUGGCAAGAGAAAAGAGUCUUCUUCAUGACACCUCAGACCUUGAUCAACGAUCUGAAACACGGCUAUUGUGAUCCAAAAAGGAUCGUGUUGAUUGUGGUGGACGAAGCACACAAAGCAACCGGAAGUUACGCGUACGUCGAAGUGGUCAAAUUCUUGAGAAGAUACAACUCCAGUUUUCGAGUCCUGGCUCUUACAGCAACUCCCGGGAAAGACGUGGAAAAGGUGCAAGAAGUGAUCGAUGGCCUUGGGAUCGCUAGAGUCGAGAUCAGGACCGAGGAAUCUUUGGACAUACGCGACUUCGUCCACAAGCGGAAUGUUGAGACCCAGGUUUUUGAAAACUCGGACGAGAUAACCAUGUCGUUAGAGAUGCUUUCAGCAACGUUGCAACCGCUGCUGAAUAAGCUGCACUCCCAGGGCGCCUCUUGGGGGAAGGACCCGCGAAUGAUUACCCUGUUCGGUUUGAGAAAGGCCUGGGAAAGGUGGCAGUCGUCAGAAGCAGGCAGAAGAGCUCAGCAUUCUGUGAAAGGCAUGGUGAAAGCGAUAUCUACUACUUUGAUGAGUCUAGCCCAUAACAUCGAGCUAUUGAAAUACCAUGGCAUCGGACCUUUCUACCACAAGAUGAAAGCAUUCGCAGAUGAAGCCUCCGGGGGCGGCAAGUAUGCGAAACAAAUUGUGGACGACGAGAACUUCAAGAAAUUGAUGAUUCGGCUGAGGGCAUGGAUCAACAACCCAGAUUUUGUCGGGCAUCCCAAAUUAUCAUACUUGAAGACGGUCGUGCUCAACCAUUUCAUGGACGCCGGUGAGAGUGUUAGUGGGAGCCACAGCACUGGCUCUUCGGGCACAAGAAUUAUGAUCUUCACGCACUAUCGAGACAGUGCAGAGGAAAUUGUGAGAGUCCUCAAUCGCCAUGGUCCUAUGAUCCGGGCGCAUGUGUUCGUUGGCCAGUCAGGCACAAAAGGUGGCUCUGAAGGGAUGGAUCAAAAGACACAGCUGAAUGUUAUCAAGCAGUUCAAGGCUGGAAAAUACAACACAAUUGUCGCAACAUCAAUCGGAGAAGAGGGUCUUGAUAUUGGUGAAGUCGAUUUGAUCGUGUGUUAUGAUUGCUCGAAAUCGCCUAUCAGGAUGCUCCAACGCAUGGGUCGGACAGGGCGCAAACGGGCGGGAAGUAUCGUCUUGCUCAUGAUGCGUGGUAAGGAAGAAUCUGAUUUCGCCCAUUCAGAGGACAAUUAUCAAAAGAUGCAAGAAAAGAUUGCAAGUGGCAGGGAAUUCAACUUCCACGAAGAAUUGUCGGCCAGAAUUGUCCCGAAAGAAAUCAUACCGGCGGUCGACAAGCGUGUGGUAGAGGUCCCCACGGAGAACACGCAGCCUGGUUCGGUUGAGCCUAGUCGGCGAAAAGCCAAGAAUGCCAAAAAACCACCGAAGAAGUUUCACAUGCCGGACGGCGUUGAGACGGGCUUCACAUUCUUGGGCAAUGGAAACAAGAGGAUGAAAGCCACAACAAAGGAGAGGGCAUCAGAAUCUCUGAAGUCAAAAAAAGACCGCGACGUGGCUGCACUGCCUCAUUUGAAGGAUGUCCUUCUGUCCGAGCCGGAGGAGCGAGAACUUGAAGACCGCUAUGUGCGACUCGCAGGGGUCAAAGACGAGUAUAUCCAGUUCGUGCGCUUUGAUGCUUACCCAGAUCAACAACGACGGCUAGGAAAGACAGAUGCCGUCAAACAUUCACGGGCAACUAAGACUUUGGUGAGAGCCUUCGAAGCCAUGCGGGAUCCGAGACAGGGCUGGAGUCGUCCGUUGCAAUAUGAGGUGUUUUCAGAGGGCGACGGAUCCUUGCCUGGGUUUUCAGAUGCGGAAGAACCGAUGCGUGCGACCAAUACUACCAAGAAGAAGCAGAAACCUCAAACGACCCCUCGAUCCAACGUGACGAACGACACCGUCGGGAGCAGCUCUGUCGGCCAAUACGAUGACAAUGACAGCUUUAUCGAUGACGGAGAAGAAGAUCUCGGAGCUGCCGACCCGCCGAAGCACAGACGACAAGCGAGGUCACUGCUCGAUGAUGGUACCGACGACGAUCUAUUUUCCCCUCUACGGAAAACACCGAGCUCAUCCCCUGUCCUCGAAGAGGUGGCAAGCCGGGCCGAGAAACGCUUCUACAUUUCUCAGCAAAGCAUCGAUUACGAUGCGAUGGACGAUGACCUGCCUGAUCUAGAGGCCCUGGUUUCUACCAAGACCAGCAAGAAUCACGCACGGGACACGAAAGGCCAGGGCGCUACGGUGUAUAACUCUCCAAUGGCGAGAGAGAAGGUCACCAACCACGCGCGUCGGAGAGGCGGAAGGAGGGUGCUCGAUAGUGAUGACGACGAAUGA